GGGACACGGCGGCUCGUACUCCCCAUAUUCCUCUCUCUCCUUUCAGAUGCGCUGAUGUCUGCCCCUUGCAAAGACCUGACCCCCCCCGGGUUGGCAGAUGCGCAGGCGUGAGUGUGAACCCCCAGUAAAAGAAUGAGUGAGAGAGACAUACAAAGCCUGAGCAGAUGGGUUUUCGUGCUCACUCUCUGCCUUACCACGCUGUGGGGAAGACUGACGCUGGCCUCCACCCAUCACAGAAGCCAUCCAGUGCACGUAGAGCCGGGCACGUGCGAAGUCAUCGCAGCUCACCGGUGCUGCAAUAAGAACAAGAUCGAGGAGCGCUCCCAGACGGUGAAAUGCUCCUGCUUCCCGGGGCAGGUGGCGGGGACCACGCGGGCGGCUCCGUCCUGCGUGGAUGCCUCCAUCGUGCUGCAGAAGUGGUGGUGCCAGAUGGAGCCGUGCCUCGACGGGGAGGAGUGCAAGGUGCUGCCCGACCUCUCAGGCUGGAGCUGCAGUAGCGGCAACAAAGUGAAGACGACCAAGGUCACACGGUAGCCCCCGUGCAGCUCGGUGGUGGCCGACCAGCCUCAGCGCGGGUCCCUCAGCAGCCGGACGUGGCCCGGCGGGGUGCGGGAUGCUCGGGGGCUGCUCUGAUCCGAGCACCCACUGAGCCCCGGCUGCCCCGGAGGCUGCGGCUAUGGGAGCCCAGUGCAGCUGCAAGACUCCCCUCACUCCACGGUCCCCUCCGCCUCUGUGGACACACUCCAAGAAAUGGGCUCGCUUUCCUAUCCCGUUAAAUAAAAUACGCCAGUCAUGUAAGAGCUGUUGACAGUACAGAGACAGACACACAGCAGCCCCCCAGAACGGGCUUUAUUCGGAAAUAGCUGAAGUCAUUGCUGUGAGUCACCUUUCCCCAUCUCCCAAGAUGCCGAAUCGGGGUCGCUGUCAGGAAUUGGGGAGCCAGUGGUUGUGUGAAGUCCUCCGCCGUUUGGGUCCUGGCUCCUGGCCCGGUGGGUUCCCGGGAGCCAGCACCAAGCCCCGGCCGGAUCUCGUGUCACCCAGGGGCCCCGGCUCCUGCGACCACAUGGGGCGGAUGCGGCGGCGUGGCCGGGGGUGUCUGACACCCCAUCAGCCCCCGGAGAUGGUGAAAUGUCUCGUGGAGCAUGCUGCUGGUUUCUCCUUCCUCGGUAACUGCAUUAAUCAGGCUGCAAGAUUAGUACCUGUUCUCUACUGCGCCAGUCCCAGGCACCGAGUUCCCGCUUGUGCUCGCAAUGGAAUGUCAGAGGAACGCGGGGGAAGCCUCUCCUGCCCGCGGGCCUGGCGCUGUGCAGGUGCCCACCAGGGACCCAGACCCAGCCAGGCUUCGCUGCAUUAGCUCAAAAUAAAGAGCAAGGCACCGUCUCCUGGCCCCGAGCUCGUGGCCUUCUCCAGGACACGCCACCCCCCUGCGUGGCAGGUCGAGGGGGAGAGGAUGGGAACCCCGUGGCCCCGACAUCGGCAGGGCCGGGGUCCCCAGGGCAGCUGUGCUGGUGGGGCUGGUGGCACAUGGCUGGAGCAAGAGCUGCAGGGCGUGGGGCCAGGGCCCCCCCCGAGCACCCCGGCCCCCCUCCAGGGGGACGUGUCGGCUCAGGAGGGGCCGGGGCUGGAGCCGUGCUCGGCUGCCGCUGGCAGGACUCGUUAUUUAGAUGUUUUUGUAACGGGGCGUAUAAUACCUGCUCCAGAUGUGAUGUAAAUAGCAGACUGUGAAAUAAUAAAUUCAUUUUAAUCUCUGCAAAGGAUCUUUUCAUUCCGCAGCGAAGGGAGGCUGUGGGAGCGCUUCUCUGGCCGACCAGAUCCGAGGCGGAGGGGCUGGGGGCUCUGUCCCAGCCGUACAAUCCCAACCGGCUCGUGCAGCGGCGGCCGCUCUCAUUACUCAUGCAACUGUCUAAUUCUCUGGCUC